AUGCCGACCCAAAAUGGGGAUCAAUUUGUUGAGGCUGUUAGACCAGCCUUAGAAGCUUUGUUAUCUGACUUACAAUUGACAACAGAAGUUUUGAGAAAAGCUUCACAUCGUAAUCAGGAGGAUCUCCAGUCAAUGGAUCGUUUGGAGUCACUUCAAAGAAGUAGAUCAUCAUCAAGGCAAAGAAUUAAUCAUGAUAAUGACAUUGAUCCAAUAUAUCAAGAACAACACAUAAGAGAAACAAAAUCAGCAACUCCUAAACAUGGUUUAGAAAAUUUAGAACAACUAUUAAAUGAUUACUCUGAUAAAAGGAAAAGCAGAACAGAUAAUGAUCAACGAGAACCUAGUGUUCAUUCAAAUAACAAAUAUGGAACUUUAGGAAACAAUUAUGAUGAUAGAAACAGUUAUUAUAGUUCACGUCAAAAUUUAAAUUCUCAUCAUAAUGUUGGACAGUAUAAUUCAAUGAUUGGAAGCAUUAAUAGUGAUAUAAAUAAACAUGGAGUUCAUACUAUUCCUAAAGGUGAUUGUGCCGGAUGUGAUAAACCAAUUAUUGGACAGGUUGUAAUUGCUUUAGGUAAAAUGUGGCAUCCAGAACAUUAUGUAUGUUGUCAUUGUGGUGAAGAACUUGGACAUAGGAUAUUUUUUGAAAGAGCAGGGAAAGCAUACUGUGAACAUGAUUAUCAUGAAUUAUUUUCUCCUAGAUGUGCAGCUUGUCAGGGUCCUAUUAAAGAUAGAUGUGUUACAGCAAUGGGUAAAACAUUUCAUACAGAACAUUUUGUUUGUGUUGAAUGUAAAGGUGAUUUUGGUAUUGAUGGAUAUCAUGAAAAAGAUGGAUUGCCAUAUUGUAAAACUGACUUUUUUAGAUUAUAUGGCCCAAAAUGUAAAGGUUGUAGAAAUCCAAUACAGCAAAACUUUAUUACAGCACUAGGUACCCAUUGGCAUCCUGGUUGUUUUGUCUGCCAAGAUUGUUCAGCACCAUUUACUCACGGUUCAUUUUUUGACUACAAUGGUGUUCCAUAUUGUGAACAUCAUUAUCACCAACAUAAAGGUUCUCUUUGUUCUGUUUGUAAUGGUCCAAUUCUUGGGCGUUGUGUCAGUGCAAUGGGUGUAAAAUUUCAUCCAGAACAUUUUUGCUGUUCAUACUGUAAUAAACAACUUUCAAAAGGAACAUUUAAAGAAGCUAAUGAACACUUUGAAAAAUUAUGCCCAUGCAAUGUUACAUAUUUUGAAGAAGAUGAAGAAUAUAUGUAA